CCGGUGACCCUACAAAUGGGGAUGCUGCAUCAUUGUGAGAAUUGGUGUUUCUGGGCGGUGCAAAGUGGAGUAGAGCACAUCAGAGUGCAGAGUAUCAGAGAGCAGCAGAGCACAGAGAGGCAGGCACAUCCGCCGCUGGAGGGAUCAAAUCUGUACCAUCUGACGCUCAAGGAUUUAUGGGUUUAGUCAAAAUUGCUUUUCCCACUGUGGAGAUUAAGCACCGUAGGAUGUUUUCCACUCAGGCCGUAGAAUAGCCCAGUGCAGCUUCUGCUGCUGUUACUGUUUUUUCUCCUUCUUAUCGGCUCCGGCUCUGGAGAAGGGAAUGUCUCAGGAGGGCAGAGUGCUCCAGACCCUUGCUGGGAGUGGAUUCUGAUUGACAGGAGAGGUCUGUCCUCUGGGGAAUGUGAACCAUGCAGGUGGAUGCCGUCCUUGUCCUCCUCUGUGUCUGGCUAGCAGGUGUGGCUGGAAAGAUGGUUCAGUCAAGAGGUCACAAGCUGGAAACCUACAAACAAAGCAGAUCACGGAGAGACACCGGAAUGGAUGGGGAGGGUGGCCAUAAAACUGGCAGCCCAAUGUAUAAAAGAAGCCCAGAUCUCACAAAAUCUCCAAUGACAAAGUCUGAACAGCUUCUGAGGAUAGAUGACCAUGAUUUCACCAUGAGACCUGCAUUUGGAGGUCCUCCAAUUCCCGUUGGAGUUGAUGUUCAGGUUGAAAGUCUCGACACUAUCUCUGAAGUGGAUAUGGACUUCACCAUGACGCUCUACCUGCGUCACUAUUGGAAGGAUGAACGGCUAGCAUUUCCAAGCACCAACAACCAGAGCAUGACCUUUGACAGUCGCUUGGUGAAGAAGAUUUGGGUCCCCGACAUGUUCUUUGUCCACUCAAAGCGCUCUUUCAUCCACGACACCACCACAGACAACGUCAUGCUGCGGGUUUAUCCAGAUGGCAACGUGCUGUACAGUCUCAGAGUCACAGUCACUGCCAUGUGCAACAUGGACCUCAGCCGCUUUCCCCUGGACACACAAACCUGCUCCCUGGAGAUUGAAAGCUAUGCCUACACAGACGACGACCUGAUGCUGUACUGGAAGAAAGGCAACGAAUCCCUGAACACGGACGACAGAAUAUCUCUGUCCCAGUUCCUCAUCCAGAAAUUUCACACCACCACAAAGCUGGCUUUUUAUAGCAGCACAGGCUGGUACAACCGCUUGUACAUUCAUUUCACCCUGCGGCGACACAUCUUCUUCUUCCUGCUGCAGACUUACUUUCCUGCGACUCUAAUGGUCAUGCUGUCGUGGGUGUCCUUCUGGAUUGACCGCAGGGCCGUCCCUGCCAGGGUGCCACUCGGCAUCACCACAGUGCUGACCAUGUCCACUAUCAUCACCGGGGUCAACGCCUCUAUGCCUCGAGUCUCCUACAUUAAGGCAGUGGACAUUUAUCUCUGGGUCAGUUUUGUGUUUGUCUUCCUAUCGGUGAUAGAGUACGCGGCAGUGAACUACCUCUCGACUGUCCAGGAGAGGAAAGAGAGAAAGCUGAGGGAGAGACUGCCGUGUACCUGCGGCAUCGGGAAUCCCGAUGAGAUGAUGAUCGACCCCCAGAUCACUGGCUACGGGUCCAUGGAUGUCGACAACAUGGGCAAUUAUGGGAUGCCAGAGAACGGUGGGCGCCAAGAACAAAUCCUGGCCCAGGUGGCGCUGAAUGACCCACAGAUCACAAGCCAGGUGAAGCCAUCCAGAGGUUAUGUCAACAUCUGGAUAGACACCCAUGCCAUAGACAAGUACUCAAGGGUGGUCUUUCCUGGAGCGUACAUCCUCUUUAACAUCAUCUACUGGUCCAUAUACUCAUAAGCUGGGAUUCCUCAAAUGAUUUCAUGAUGGCAUAACAAGAGCCCCGCUAGAAAGAUGACCUGAUUUACUCAGAGAAGAACUGCUCAUUACAUGCAUGGGGCUCUUUAACCGACAGAGGACCAUUGCCUUCUUGACCCAGCCACUUAAAACUGAUGAAUCAAAAAUAAGCUACUGUGUUUGUUACUCCAUCUAAUCUUUGUGAUUUCAUGUUGUAGCGAAAAUGUCGGUGGAAAUGUGUGGACUUUGUUGUCGCCAGUGGACCGACUGCACACAGAGAUGCAGGGCGAUGGAUUUGUGAAGUUUAAGUCUACAUUUCAGUGCAUGCACUGACCAGAUUGUCAGCUGAUGUGAACUGGAAACAGACAGUGCUUUGGCCAGCACAUGGACUGACCCUCUCUGCUAAUGACCCGUACAUGACAAUCAAUGACACACUAAGGUUUUUAACUCUCUGAAAGGGUUUCAUUAACUUUCUGCUGGAGAAAAAUCAUCGCUGUCCCGUCAGGGCUACAUACUUUAGCAUAAAUACUGUCAUGGAGGGCAUAUUGCCCAAAGAUUUAGGAACUAAGAGUCCCAUUGUAAUCCAGUUAUUAUUAACGUGUAUUAUGCUUUGAGUUCUUCUUCUAAAAACUUUCAAAGAAGGGACAUGUUGAACUGCUCGUUGGCUGAGAUAAAAAAAAACUUAGGACUUUCUCAGUAGCUGCUUAUAUAACAGGAAUAGUUCAGCACAUCACAAACAAAGAAGAUGUAAAGUGUGAACAAUUGAGCUGUCAAACUGUUUGUUUGGUUUUUGUUUCCGUAGGAUAGAGCCUGGUUGGCAGUUUCCUUCUGUUUCUGGUCUGUGCUUAAGUUAACUGUGUCCAAGCUGGAGCUUCAUAAAUAUUAUUUAAUUAAUUACUGCGUAAAAAAGGACAAGCACAUUCAAAAUGUGUUGAGAAGCGGAUUAAUGGACAACUGUUAAAAGUUUAAAAAUGUUGCGUUUUGAUGUGUCUUAAACUUGGUUGUCUCUCGGGCAUCCUUUAUGUAUGAAGAAGGCCUAGAGGGAAGCUAAUUAUAUUGGAUGGAAACAUCUACUUGGAUGUUAAACUGGCAGUUACAUGUCAAUCACCAGGUUCAUAAACCAAGGGUAUGCUCAAUUUUAUAAACUACUGUGAAUGGAACCUUUUUACUUCAUAUAAAUUGUGUUGUAUUCAACUAUUCUUGAUACAAGUGAUUGACAAAAUAGAAACAAAUAUAUACCAAACAUAGUAAAUCAAUCCUCCUUUGCUUUUGUAAGAGUACAGAUUUAAGGCACUUUGACCUAUACUUUUCACAUUCCACAGCGAGAGGGGGUGUCCAUUUUCUAUGGAGUCUCAAAGAACAGCUCCGCUUUCACUCUGCAAGAAAAUCCACAUAAUUUCCUAAAUUGGGGGAAACGUCCAUGAAAAAUUGGAUUUAUAUAAGAGUUCUUUCUCUCGUCCCAGAUUUUACUGCGGCAUGUUGGUAUGAUUCAGAUUUUUACAUUUUGUUGUGAACUUUGUAUCCGUGUUGUUGCUUUGCCACCACGUUGCUGCACUGCCUUUGUGUGGAAAGUUUUAAGAAACAGACAAACUGAUGCAGUUGAGUAAAACCACAAAUGUAAAAACAUGUUCUGAUAAUCCCAAACACUGACAAUCGUAUUGACUUUUUAAUAUCUUUUUUUUUUUACACAGCUGAGGCUCAUUUCCUUUGUUUGUUGUUGUGAGGCUUCAAGGUACACAGUGACCUGUUAGUUGCUAGUAAAUCAUUUUAAUCAUCUUGAAAAACAAAAAAAACUUUUUUAUUUUCAAGUAACACAUCAAAAAAUGUUUUUUGAUGGUUUACUGACCAAACACAGAUAUACUAAGCUCUAAGAUCUAAGCAAAUUUCAAAUGUUAUACAUGGAGAAAAUGUUUAAUAAAUGUUCUGUUAACUGAAAAUGUGAAAAUGAUUUAAGUUGAGCUUUGUUUCUGUAUAUCACAGCAACAAACAUGUGUAUUUUAAGUGUCUUGCAUGUGAAACAAGCAAAUGGAAUAGUUUUGAGAUGCAUGGCUGAAAGUUGCUUUAUUUUGCCAACAUCAAUUAAAAAUCACUUUGACACAAACAAAAAUGGAUACACUUAUAAGCAGAUUUCUGAAUCUCUGAUCUCAUAUGCUGAAGAUGUACCAGUAAACAUUCAUCCUUACAGUCUCAGAAAGGUUUUUUGCAGUUAGGUUCUGCGUGUUCUAGCAAUAAAAGCAAAUGCAUCACCAUUUUGACAGUUAUACUUUCAAGUGACCUUUUUCAUCAGGUCUUUCCCUUUUCAGGAAUCAUCCUUUGGCUCAAAUUAGAGAGGUAUCUUACCCUGAUAUUAGAACUGCCUAUUUCUUGUUAUUAGGUGGUGUUUGGAGAUAUGGAAAAGGUUUUAACAUUAAUGGAUCCCCAUUUACUUAAUGAGGGACAAUGUCAUUCCCAAGACAUUUGAAAGACAUAAUACAAAUGUUUAGGAUGAA